GUAGCGCAAUAAAAAAGAAAAGCGAAAGCAAACGAAACACACAACCAUGUCCAGUGAGAGCAAUGGUGGAACAGGAACAGGAGCUGGAGGAGGAGCAGGAGGAGGAGCACCCCAGGCAGCACCGCCACAGUACAUAAUAACCACACCCAGCGAAGUGGAUGCCGAUGAGUUUGGCUCCCUGGGUGAACUCCAGCUGGAGCUGGGUUCCCCCGAAACACAGAUGAUGCAAAGUCAAAAGUUUGCCAGCUCCAGUACCACCAAGGUGGCCACCAGAUCCUAUUCAAUGACCAGCAGCAGUUCCAGCGGUCUCUCUGCCAUGCAACAGAUGCAGCAGCAACAAAUGCAACAUCAGCAACAUCAGCAAAUCCAGCAGCAGCAGCAGCAACAGAUAACCCAACAGCAGAUCAAGCAAACCCAACAGAUUCAACAGUCACAGAAGAUCAUCUCCAGCUCCACCAGGAGUCAGAGUCUUCAAUCGAGCUCCAUACUCGGAGGAGAGGUGACCAUCAGUGGUGGCAAUCAGCAGCUGCUGGCCAGUGCCUCGGCUGCCUUGGCCCAACAGCUCAAGGCGCAGAGCUCCACCUCGAUAAUAACCAGCAGCAGCGAGCAAAGGACCAGCACUAGCACCAGUACCAGCAGCAGCAGCACACGAUAUAUGGCCAGUGGCUCCACAGCACCGGGAACAGUGGGUAAUAAUAACAACUCCGGUGGCUCCACCUCCUCCACAUCAACGGCAGCAGCAGCAGCAGCUCCUGGCGGGAAAUCCCGUUUCCAGAGUUUCCUACAACAACCGGAGGGUGCUCAUGGUUUCCUCACAGCCCAUCAAAAGCAUGUCCGGCAGUUUGUGCGCUCCACCUCGGCUCAUUCGGAGGCAGCAGCUGGAGUGCCAGGAUCAUCACGGCCAGAGAAGUGCAUAAGGAGUGCCUCCACACAGAUCGAUGAUGCUGCCGUUGAGGCUGGUAGUUUGCAGGAUAGCAGCUCCACCGGUGGCUCCAUGAAUCUAUCCAUGAGCAAACUGGGUCUGCAGCAAUCCUCCUCUAUUUUGAUCUCCAAAUCGGCGGAGACCAUCGAAAUGAAGAGCUCGUCGGCGGGCAUGCGCACACAGUUGACACUUAGUGGUGGCUUCUUGGCGCCACCGGGAAAUCGAAAGAUCACGAUCCUAAGUCCUAUACAUGCACCGCCAGGACUCCACGAGAUGCUGCGAAGGGCUCAAGGACGAUCGCCGCUAUCGCCGAGGAUUAGUUUUCCAGGCAGUGACACCGAUCUCUUUGGUUUCGAUGUAGAAAAUGGCCAGGGCGCUCGAUCUCCGCUCGAGGGCGGCUCUCCCAGCGCCGGUUUGGUUCUACAGAAUUUACCGCAGCGUCGCGAAUCGUUUCUAUAUCGUUCCGAUUCCGAUUUUGAGAUGUCACCCAAGUCCAUGUCCCGAAACUCAAGCAUCGCUAGCGAAAGGUUUAAAGAACAGGAAGCCUCUAUACUCGUUGACCGAUCCCAUGGCGAGGAUCUCAUUGUGACGCCUUUCGCCCAAAUUUUAGCCAGUUUACGUUCAGUGCGCAACAAUUUAUUAAGUCUGACAAAUGUUCCAGCAUCAAACAAAUCCAGGCGGCCAACGCAAUCCUCGUCGGCUGCCCGCUCCACCAAUCCGGCGGGCGUCCCUCUGUCGCAGGGCGAGGAGGCAUACACCCGCUUGGCCACCGACACCAUCGAGGAGCUGGACUGGUGCCUCGACCAGCUGGAGACUAUCCAGACCCAUCGCAGUGUCUCCGACAUGGCCUCGCUUAAGUUCAAACGCAUGCUCAACAAGGAGCUGUCACACUUUAGCGAAUCCAGCAGAUCGGGAAAUCAGAUUUCCGAAUAUAUAUGUUCCACAUUUUUGGACAAGCAGCAGGAGUUCGACCUGCCGUCGCUGCGCGUGGACGAGAAUCCGGAGCAUGCGGCUGCCACAGCUGCCGGCGGUGGCAGUGGCGGCGGUGCGGUUGGUGCCGGCGGACAAACCACCGGACAGCAAUAUGGCAACCGUAGCCGGUCACCACGUGGUCCGCCCAUGUCGCAGAUCAGCGGCGUAAAGCGACCGCUAUCGCACACCAAUAGCUUCACCGGCGAGCGAUUGCCCACAUUUGGUGUGGAGACGCCCAAGGAGAACGAGCUGGGCACACUGCUCGGGGAGCUCGACACCUGGGGCAUACAGAUAUUCAGCAUCGGCGAGUUUAGCGUCAACCGGCCGCUUACCUGUGUGGCAUACACCAUAUUUCAGAGUAGGGAAUUACUGACCAGUCUUAUGAUACCACCGAAAACUUUUCUUAACUUUAUGACUACUCUGGAGGACCACUACGUCAAAGACAAUCCGUUUCACAACUCGCUCCAUGCCGCCGAUGUGACCCAGAGCACAAAUGUGCUACUCAAUACUCCAGCGCUGGAGGGCGUGUUCACACCGCUUGAGGUGGGCGGUGCCCUGUUUGCCGCUUGUAUACACGAUGUGGAUCAUCCCGGUUUAACCAAUCAAUUUUUGGUUAACUCAAGUUCCGAACUAGCAUUAAUGUACAAUGACGAAUCUGUUUUGGAAAAUCAUCAUUUAGCUGUUGCCUUUAAAUUAUUGCAAAAUCAAGGAUGUGAUAUAUUCUGUAAUAUGCAAAAGAAACAACGCCAAACAUUGAGGAAAAUGGUUAUUGAUAUUGUGCUGUCCACGGACAUGUCCAAGCACAUGAGUCUGCUGGCCGACCUGAAGACAAUGGUGGAAACCAAAAAGGUGGCCGGCUCGGGAGUCCUGCUGCUGGACAACUACACCGAUCGCAUACAGGUGCUUGAGAAUCUGGUGCAUUGCGCCGAUUUGAGUAAUCCCACCAAACCGCUGCCGCUAUAUAAGCGCUGGGUGGCGCUGCUCAUGGAGGAGUUCUUCCUGCAGGGCGACAAGGAGCGCGAAUCGGGCAUGGAUAUCAGUCCCAUGUGCGAUCGCCAUAAUGCCACCAUUGAGAAGUCACAGGUGGGCUUCAUCGACUACAUUGUCCAUCCGCUGUGGGAGACCUGGGCCGAUCUGGUCCAUCCGGAUGCCCAGGAUAUACUCGACACGCUUGAAGAGAACAGAGACUACUACCAGAGCAUGAUACCGCCGUCGCCGCCGCCAUCGGGGGUCGAUGAGAAUCCGCAGGAGGACAGGAUACGAUUUCAAGUAACCCUUGAGGAGUCCGAUCAGGAGAACCUCGCCGAGCUAGAGGAGGGCGAUGAGGAUGUGGAUGCCGCUUCUAGCACCACAACAGGCACCACGGCCACCUCGGCCCUGGGCGGUGCCAGUGGUGGAGGUGGCGGUGGUGGGGGUGGAGGUGGUGGUGGAGGUGGUGGUGGUGGCAUGGCCCCCAGAACGGGUGGCAGCCAAAACCAGCAGCAUCACGGUGGAAUGUGACGGAGAGUCGUGGGAUUCUAUCGCAAAUUACAGGAAAAGGCUCAUAACUUUUUCCUACUACGUUAGUGACUACUAUUUAACAGACACUCACACAUACAGAGACACAACAAAACAAAGCCAAAAAGGAAAAACUAAAAAAAAAACAAAGAA